UUGGUACACGAAAAAAUCCCGUUUCACGUCAUCCAGUGUCAGAGCUGGACAUCGUUUUCACUUCAGUUUGGACAAUUUUGCCGACAUUUUGUAAAUUAUAAGCGGAUUCGACUUCCUAGGAGCGUGUGACGAUGGCUGGAGAAAUGUCUAUGAUUGGUUCGGUGAUCCUGGCCUUGUUUCUGGCUGGCUACCUGGGCCAGCAGUACCUGCCUCCCCCCAAACCCAAAGUGAUCGGCCUGGAUUUGGGCACCACGUUCUGCUCCGUGGGCGUCUUCCACCCGGGUAGCGGGGAUGUGGAGGUGAUAGCGGAUGAGGAAGGACGGAAGAGCAUCCCCAGCGCCGUCUCCUUCACCACCACAGCGGUGCUGGCUGGACACGAAGCCGUGGACCUGGCCGACAGCAACCCUCAAAACACCAUCUACGACGCUAAGAGGUUCAUCGGGAAGAUAUUUGAGCCAGAGGUCCUGGAGCAGGAGAGUGCUAGGUACCCCUUUAAGGUGAUAAACAACAACGGGAGUGCAGAGUUUGUGAUCCACACCAACCACACCUUCACCGUGAGCCCGGAGUUCAUCGGGUCACGGCUGCUGCUGAAGAUGAGGAAGAUGGCAGAGCAGCAGCUUGGCGUCACGGUCCAAAAGGCCGUCAUCUCGGUCCCCGCGGAAUUUGACGAGAGACAGAGGAACUACACCGUCAGGGCCGCUAACCUGGCCGGCUUGGAGAUUCUGCGAGUGAUCAACGAGCCCACGGCUGCAGCCAUGGCCUACGGCCUGCACAAGGUGGACGUGUUUAACGUGCUGGUGGUGGAUCUGGGAGGAGGAACUCUGGAUGUUUCUCUGCUCAACAAACAGGGAGGCAUGUUCCUCACCAGGGCAAUGGCAGGAAAUAACAAGCUGGGAGGUCAAGACUUCAGUCAGAGGCUGCUCCAGUACACCACGGAGCGAGUCCUGCAGGAGUUUGGCGUGGCACCCACCCUAAAGGAAGACAUCCACCGUCUCCGUCAGGCUGUGGAAGCCGCCAAACUCAACCUCACUCUCCAAGCCAGCGUCACUGUCAGGGUGCCCCUGCACCUUCACACCCACGACGGCCCGACAGAGUCGCCCGAAGGCUCUGCCCCUGCUCCGGUUCUCUUCCAGACCGUGAUCACUCGCGAGCUGUUUGAGGAGCUGAACAAGGACCUGUUCCAGAAGAUCCUGGCCCCUGUUGAGACGGUGCUGGCCGAGGGCCACCUGGAGAAAGAGGACGUGGACGAGAUCGUUCUGGUCGGAGGGUCCACCAGGAUACCGCGGAUCAGGAGGCUGAUCAGCGAGUACUUUGGGAAGGAGCCCAACACGUCGGUGGACCCUGACCUGGCUGUGGUCACAGGCGUGGCCAUUCAGGCCGGCAUCAUGGGCGGCUCCUGGCCUUUACAAGUGAGCGCAAUAGAAAUCCCCAACAGACACCUGCGCAAGACAAACUUCAGCUAAUCGAUAAUCACAGACACUUAUCAGGAAAGAAGGAACGCCACAGAGGCUCGACCACUGAUUUUGGAUCGGUUCUUCUCUAACGUGCUGCUUUAUUUAACAUCUGCCGCUGAGAAAAAUGUAAACAGCAGUCACCUAAAUGUCAACUAGCGAGACAAGGCCGCCUCUCCAGCUCCACCAUACGGGCUUCCUCUUUGACAGCGAGCUGUGACGAAAAAAGAAGAAGCAGCGCUGAUGCACUGACAGGACAUUCCUCCGAGUGUUGCUGUCGACACCCGAAGCCAUCCUGGCCUCGGCCUUUAAAGUGGCCGCCGCAGAAAUAACACCUCUGUCAUGUGUCAGCUUCAGCCGUGACGCUUCGUUGUAGUAGAAAUUCAAACUGAGUCCAAUUCAGGGAACAACCAUUCAUCUCAGACUAGCCAGGAAAUCAUCAACUAUUUAUUUAUUUAUUUCUGUGAAUGCGAUGACCUCGGAGAGCGCACGCGUGUGUCCGUGUGAUGAGCGUAUGUGAGGAUGUGUGACGUGUAUUUCCAUCUUUCCAUUGACGGCUGGUCUGCAGUGUGCUGGUGCCUUUUCAGAAAGCUGCUAUAGUGCUUGAGGUGACCCGCUGCGUUAGCGGUUCACUGGGAGGCCUUUGUCCGGUGUAAGUGUUCAGAUAUGCACAAUUAAUUUAAAACAACUUGACUGCAUAUAGACUAUUAACUUAACAAAUAAAAUGUUCUGGUGACAGCCGACAUGUGAAGAGGCAUGUUGGAGGGAGCCUUACUGUAUUUAUGAUACUGUAAAUUAUUAGCAUCAUGAGGAAAAUGCAGAUUGCAUUAGUUACCUGUGAGAGAGAUGGAGGGAACGUGCUCUAUGUUGCACUUGGAGGACUUCCGUGAGUUGACCAUCUUUACUUCUUUUGUGCAAUAGUGGAUGAUGCAGUGAAAUGGAAAUGACUCCUAACAGAUGUUUGUACUACAAAUCAGAAGUCAGAGCUCUGGCUGUUGUAGGUGGAGAAGGUCAACUCUGGCAGUUCCUCAGAAGGACCAAAGCAACUCUUACUGGUGGUGCCUUGUGUAGCUAAUAUUGAGAAAUGUGUUACAGGGACGAAUGUUUGUGGGGAAGUAAAGCGAAGAACAUUAUGUGGUAAACGGCAGGCUGGUCACUGCACAUUUCUGUCCUAAAAUUCCUCUUCUUUUGAAUAUAAAACUCAGAGGUUGGUAGCUCUGGUUGUCCACUGAGCUUCUACUCACAUUCCUUUAAACCGUGACCUAUCAUGACCUAUUUUUGCCAAAUGUAAUCAUGACUAGGUGAGUUUACACCUACUGGUUUGUAUUUCACGUGUUGAAAGUGGAAUAUUAGCCCUCAGUGGAAAUCCUGUAUGAAUCAUCUGAAUUGUCUCUAGGGGAAAUAAAAACCUUACCAAGAUCUAUUUUUGUAUUCCAAGUAUUGCCAUCUAACAAUGAUUAGGAAGUGAAACUGUUGUGAUCUGCUUUUCAACCUAUUAAAUUCCAUUUCUCAA